GUCGCAAGAGCGUUGGAACUGAAGUGAAUGACUCAGUUUACACUUUAAUGCCGAAGCAGAUGUGCAUAUUACUCCAACUUCAGCAGCUGGAGAACUUACUUUAGUUUUUUCUGGGUUGUGGAGACCACGGAGAUAUAUCUAUAUAUAUAGAUAGAUAGAUAGAUAGAUAGAUAGAUAGAUAUAUUUUAGCAAGUCUGCAAGCUUUGAAUGGCGUUCUCCUGACUUGACUUCAAGGUCACCGUGAAGUGUUCUGCCACUGUCGCGGAUUAAGUUGCCGGAGCGGUGAUGGAACGAGCGUGUUAGAGUGGGUGCACAGCGCGUGGUCCUCUCGUGCGCUCGCGAGUAGGGUUCUCUCCCUCCCCAAUACCCCUCGUGCUCGGUCUCGCGCCACAAUGGGAUGCGGGUUACGAAAGCUGGAGGAUCCCGAAGACAGCAGCAGUCCUGGGAAAAUCUACUCCACUCUGAGGAGACCUCAGGUGGAAAGCAAAACGGACGCCGCGUACGAGUACGCCCUGCUGGACUUCAGUUUAGAAGGUAGCCGGCCCACCGUGCAGUACCUGUCCUCCCUGUGCGAGCUACCCCAAGCCGUCCAGUCCUACUACACGCAGGGCUACACGCUGGCCGCCCUGCACCCCAUCAUCCUGUCAGUGGGGCGCGCGCGCACACUGCCCUUCAGCCUGCUCUACAGGGCCAUACUGGUCCGGCCCAAACCCAGUAAGCACACUGUAGCCCUGGUUCACAGCACGCCAGUGUUGUGGGUGGAAGAGUGGCCUCUGUCUGGAGACUCCCUCACCGACACUACCGUGACAGCUCUCCUAGACCGGGUCAACUGUAGUGUUCGAGGAGGCAUGCGGUUCGUGGGCUCGGUGCUCCAGCAAGCAGGUGGAGGAGGUGGUGGGUGCAACGGUAGGAUGGGGAGCCCCAGGCGGGGCUACCGCUCCCCGCCCCGCACGCCCCCUCGCACUCCCCCAGGAGACGGAGACGUGGAGGAUGGAGCAUGCAGCCCAGAUCUGAAGCUGUUGGUGCUCUUCCACUCCUGGCCUCCAGGAUGCACCCCACUGGAUGCCCUGGCUUGCUGCUACCACCAGGGGGCACUCUCCAUGCGCGUGUCCAGGAAGGGUCAAGUCGUUAGUGGUCUGGAGGCUGAUUGGCUAGAGCUGACCGCAGCCUACUAUCGCAAGGGUUGGUCAUUAGUGGACUCCUUUGUGUACUGGGAUACACCUAAAGGUGAGCCAGUGCCCAGAUCUUUAGAGGGACUGUUUAUGUAUGAGGAGAGGAACACUGCACCACCCGCCAAUGACACCAUCGUAGUGGAGCAGUGGACUGUUAUUGAGGACUCUGCUGUGAAGACAGACUACGGGCCACUCCUCCAUACACUGGCCGAGUUUGGCUGGUUACUGACGUGUGUGCUACCCACCCCCGUCAUUCGCCAUGACAGUGAGGGAAAUCUUGCCACCAAACAGGUGGUUUUCCUCCAGAGGCCUGUUAAAUCCCAGCCAUUGCAGCAGCACAGUGAGGUGGGCUCCCCCCGGAGAGAAGUGGCCAGUCACUCAGUGAGUCGAGGGGUGGGAGCAUCUCACACUGAGGAGUUUCCCCCUUGUUCGGGGGGCAUCGGGGGUUUCCCUGUGUUUGGAGGGGGCUAUCCCAGUGCCCUGUCCUGUCUGGAGGAGGGUCCCCUGGAACAGGAUGAAGGGGUGGCCCAGGUCACCUGCAUGUGAGCAGCCCAAGCACAGAGGGCAGUCUUUCAGAAUACGGGACCAGACAUUCACAACUCCGCCUCAGUUUGGCUGGUUAUAGCCCAAAAUCAGUUUUGUGUUAUGGGUGGAAUGACUUAAGACUGACAGAGUUGAAGUUCUUUGCAUUUUCCCUAUUCUUUGGAAAUGGAUUUUUAACCCAUAUAUUUGAGGUAAUUUUUUUUAAAUGAAGCCAUAACUAUUUUAUGCGGGGAAUUUCAAUUUUGUACAUUUUUCUAUUCUAAUGCAUCACAAACAGCCAUAAGGCGAAUCCAGUAUGUGGCCCCAGUGUCUGAACAAUCGAGUUGGGAUUUCUAACCUGAAGCACUGCUAGGAUUUUAUACCGUGCACCGAAUCACCCACUACCUUGACCUGAGCAAAUACAUCUUACAAAAUACCGCGCAGACCACCAUCACGGGGACAAGAUUAUAACACGCAUUUCUAGUACUAAUCUGUUUUACUCUCUCACUAAACACAUUUCUCUCACCUAAAUCUGUCUUACUAUUUUUCACUCACAUUUGUUUCUCAGUUCUAUUUCCUGUUUUUUCUGUUUCUUCCCCCCCCUGACUAGUUCACAUUAGUUCCUUCCUCCUAACACCUGCAGUAGCUCGAGGGUGCACGGUGGCUCUGGCAAUGAGCCUCCCCACAGAUCCCCUGCAGUGCGCUGCACUGUGUGAAUGUUCACUCGGCAGCAGUAUUUUGGGCACACUUGUGCCGGUGCGGAGCCCUCCAGCCUCUUGGGGAGCCUGGAGUUUUUCUAAAAGGGCUUUCUGAGGCCAGGAUUCACGCGCACAAAAUGACUUUCACACACAGCCUCUGCUCACCAGCACAUCUGUAAAGUGAACAUAUAUCUGACACUGCAGGCUGUGUCAGAGUGAUGCUAUAGCUGUAUGUUGAUCUCUUGUGGAAUAUCUGUGGACGUAUUGGCCUAUAAAACAUUUUGUUCACACUUUAAAAAGGGAGGGCAAUGCACACUCUUUGUAAAGUCAACACAUUCACUUAGUAAUCAGUAUUUUAGUCUGAUGAUCACCAUUCUGCAUUCAGCGCCUUUUUUGGCUUGACUUUGUACAGCAGUGGCUCUACUCUGUUAAAACUAAUGAGCUGGGUGUCACAGAAAAAAAGCAUUAGAUUAUUUAAUCUUUAACUUUUUCUACUUUUGUCACAGAUGUAAUGUUGGAUUCCUGUUCAAAGGGUUUGUCCCAAGUUGUACUAGAAAACAACAAAAAUGUAGGUUGUAAAAUGUAUCAUGCUGCUGUGUAUAUGAUUUAAGCCAUUGAGUACUGAGAUCCAUUUUUGCUGUCAUUUUGUUUUUAUUAAGCCACUUUCAGACCAGUGUUCUCUACCAGCUGCAGUAUUUGGAUAUUUGAACAUUUUAACUUGCCACUUACUGUGUUAAUAUAUUAUUAAAACAGGUAUUUGCUUUUA